UGCUCUAAGAGUAGCCUCACUCGAGCCCGUGUACCUGCGGUUGUCCCGUCUCUCACCGGACUGCACUCGUCACUCCAGAUUUCUCCUCUGAUAGGAGGGCAUCAGCGCUCCCUCCCUCCCACACAGCCUCGCUUCGCUCUCUCCAUCGCUCGUGUUUACUACAGCCUGGGAGAGAUGGUCGUAUAAAUUGCCUGGGAGUGCGCAUAUCGCAGCAUCCUCAGAGGGGAAUUGAAAAGGGGGAGGAGGUGUAGGAUCAAGAAAACAACCCAAACAAGGAAAAAUAUCUGCGUUUUCUAUCGUUUCAAAUUAACGCAGGAGAAAAACAGACCUCCACAGAGCCCUGCGAUUGGAAACCCGCACUGGAUGUAGAGAAGGCUGAGCGCGGAUGCUCAAUACGCGGACAGGAGGACAAGGGAGAAAAUCAGAAAGGACCAAUAAAUCCUAGAGAGGAAUAAUCUUUUGCAGUCAUCAGCGAUGGACUCCAGUUAUCGGCAUUGAGUUUUCUUCAGUUAUUCUGAUGACCACAGUCACUCAUGGCCCUCAUGCAUGAACCUCGCGCCCCAUCGCCCUCUCUUUCCGGCUUCAACACACCCCUCUCCGAUCCUCCGUCUUUUCGCCGCCUCGAUGCCGAAACACCCUGCACGCCAGAAAUGGACUUGACCCCAACCCAGUGCGUUCUUCGCAACGUCCUCUCCAUAGACACCGGAGGUGCUGUGGAACCCGGGGGUGGAGGAAGAGAGGGGCACACUACUGGACACAACCAGACACCCUGCGAGGAACAACAGGAGCACUUUGCCAACAGUGUCCUGAAACUCCAUGAACACGAUGGCGGUCCUGGAAGGACGGAGGGAGAGGGACAGGAUAUGGACAGCAGUGCGGUCAGGAGCCAGGCGAAUGACGCCAGGUUACAGUGCCAGUCUACAGGAGGGGGAGGAGGGUUUUUGGAGGGGUUGUUUGGGUGUCUGCGGCCUGUCUGGACAAUGAUCGGCAAAGCCUACUCCACAGAGCACAAGCAUGACCUGGACGAGGAGUGGGAAGUCCCAUUCGAGGAGAUAUCGGACCUGCAGUGGGUGGGCAGCGGAGCCCAGGGCGCCGUCUUCCUCGGUAGAUUGCACGGCCAGGAAGUGGCUGUGAAGAAAGUGCGGAACAUCAAAGAGACAGACAUCAAGCACCUGCGGAAGCUCAAACAUCCCAACAUCAUCACCUUCAAAGGUAUCUGUACCCAGGCUCCUUGUUAUUGUAUCAUCAUGGAGUACUGCGCCCAGGGACAGCUGUACGAGGUGCUGAGAGCAGGGAGGAAGAUCACGCCAUCCCUGCUCAUGGACUGGGCCAUGGGCAUCACUGGAGGCAUGAACUAUCUUCACCUCCACAAAAUCAUCCACAGAGACCUCAAAUCACCCAACAUACUGAUCACCUAUGACGACGCAGUGAAGAUCUCUGACUUUGGCACAUCUAAGGAGCUCAAUGACAAGAGCACUAAGAUGUCCUUUGCUGGCACUGUAGCCUGGAUGGCCCCCGAGGUCAUACGUAAUGAACCGGUCUCGGAGAAGGUGGAUAUUUGGUCAUUUGGUGUUGUGCUGUGGGAGAUGUUGACAGGAGAGGUGCCGUACAAGGAUGUGGACUCCUCCGCUAUCAUCUGGGGAGUGGGCAACAACAGUCUGCAGCUGCCCGUGCCCGACAGCUGUCCAGAGAGCUUCAAACUGCUGCUGAGGCAAUGCUGGAACUGCAAGCCCAGAAAUAGACCUUCGUUUCGACAGAUUCUCCUGCAUCUGGACAUUGCCUCAGCGGAUAUAUUGUCAACCCCACAAGAAACUUAUUUUAAGUCUCAGGCGGAGUGGAGAGAUGAGGUGAGACAUCAUUUUGAGAAGAUUAAGUCCGAGGGCACGUGUCUUCACCGGCUGGACGAGGAGCUGAUAAAACGGCGCAGGGAAGAACUGAGACAUGCACUGGACAUCCGAGAACACUACGAGAGGAAGCUGGAGAGAGCCAAUAACCUCUACAUGGAACUGAAUGCUAUCAUGCUGCAGCUGGAGAUCAAAGAGAAGGAGCUGCUUAAGAGGGAGCAGUCACUGGACAAGAAGUACCCAGGCUGCUUCAAGCACCACAGUACCAGACAGUCAGCCUCCUCCAAUUCCAUGGAGAAGCUCAUGAAGAAACGUAAUGUACCUCAGAAACUGCCCUCGCACAGCAAGAGGCCAGACUUACUAAAGUCAGAGGUCAUCCUCCCUAAGCUGGACUCGUCCAUGACCCAGGUCACAAUCCCCAACAAGGGCUCUACCUCCCCCGGCCGCUCACGCCGAGGAAAACCUCGCUACAGAAAGGCUGGAAAAGGCAGCAGUGGCGACCUGGCUCAGCUGAAAGCCACUCUGUCCUCGUCUUUAGCAAUGAUCAAUGCAACCUCGUCUGUUCCCAGCAAGCACCGUCUAGACCCCAGCGCAGCCCUCAGGGGCUUACAGCAUGACCUUCUACUCAAAAAGAUGUCCUCCUCCAGCCCCGAUCUUAUUUCUACCACUCUGGAGGUCGAGGGCAGGAGGAAAGGCCAGGUGAGAUCAGGGCUGGACAGAGCGGGCAGUCAGAGCGCCUCAGCUGGGCUGGAAGAGAGCAGAAGGACUGAUGGGCCAGAGCGGGGCCCUGACGUGGGUGUAGGCGGGGAUGACUUGGCAGAAACGCCUCCACGCAGUGAUACACCGAGCGAAGACGCGGCAUCUAUUCCUUUUUCCAGUAGCCCUGACUCCCCUUGUGGCAGAGGAGCAGCGGCGGGCAGGGCGUCCGCACUCGGGAACACUCGUGUCACCCACGAAGGUGAGGAGAAGGAGGAAGGGACGGUGAUUACACGCUCGCCCAGAAGUCAACGGCUUACGCCUUCAGCACUGCUCUACAGGGCAGCAGUCACACGCAGUCAGAGACGUGGAGUGUCAUCAGAGGAAGAGGAAGGAGAAGUGGACAGUGAAGUGGAGUUGCCGAGGAGACGGCGGCCUGUGAGCAUCACCAAAUGCCAGUCCCUGUCGACCUUUAGCUCAGAGAACCUAUCGGUUUCGGACGGUGAGGAGGGCAACACUACUGACCACUCCCACAGCGGUACGCCCGACGUGGUCAGCACCAACACAGACGAGCGACUGGAUGACAAGAGCGACGACCUGCUGUCUCAGGGCUCGGAGAUUCCUGCUGACCCGUCUGACCCGACUCAGCUGGGCUCCGAUGGUCUGUCUGAAAAAGAAGCCAUUCUGCAACAAGUCAAGACGCAGCUCGCCUCAAAUGACCCCAAUUAUGAGGGCCUGUAUGAUGACUCCGACUGUGACAGUGCAGAACUGGACCAUUCGUGCACUGCAGACCCCAGUCAACCUCCAGCCAACUGGUGAAAACCGGGCAGCUCUAACCCACUCCACCACCUGCAGACCUGGCCUCUCAAUACCUCCUUCACUCUUAGAAACUCUGAGUCAUUAUCAGGGACAUCGCAGAGAGGCAGGAAAUUGAGCAAUGUGUUCUUAACCACAUAUCCUGGUUAAGGAAACAAAAAAAAAAAAAGGAAAGUCGCAUUUCCUUUGGAGAUGAAUGCAGCACGGCGAUGUGACAGCACCUUUUGUUCUCUGAAAUCGCAUCAAAUGACACCUCAGCGACACAAGCUUCGAUCAAAGAGGCGACGUCUGCACCGUCUGUUGUCAUGUUGUUUUCGUGUCCUCCAUCAUAAUUCAUGUCCGUUUUUUAUUUUUGUCCUAAUGAAAAUGAUCAUGAAACUAUUUAAAUGUCACGAUCACUGGAGACGACCAGUGUCGCUCUUUUUACUUAUAAUUUAUGAAAUCUUCUGACUUGUCGUCUUUAAAAAAAAAACAACUUAUGCACUGUUUAAUUUAUUAGAAAGAAAAUAAU